GAACAAAAUGGCGGCUCGCGUCCUCACCGUCCGCCGACUGCAGCAAACCCUCGGCCAUGGGGCACGGACGUAUCGAAUCUCUUCGGCCUGUCGAAGAGCCGCAGUGUCAAUGAGCCGUUUCGAGCCCAACGAGUUCAUCAACUAUGAGAAACUGCACAAGAACCUUGGCAUUAUUCGCAAAAGGUUGGACAAACCACUCACUCUGUCAGAAAAGAUUGUGUACAGUCACCUGGAUGACCCCGUCCACCAGGACAUUGCCCGGGGGCAGACCUACCUCCGGCUACGGCCAGACCGCGUGGCUAUGCAAGACGCCACCGCCCAGAUGGCCAUGCUCCAGUUUAUCAGCAGCGGGUUACCUCAGGUCGCCGUGCCAUCUACUAUCCACUGCGAUCACUUGAUCGAGGCUCAAAUCGGAGGGGAGCAAGAUCUGGCCAGAGCUAAGAAUAUAAAUGAAGAAGUUUAUAACUUCCUGGCGACGGCUGGAGCAAAGUAUGGAGUUGGCUUCUGGAAACCUGGCUCUGGUAUUAUCCAUCAGAUUGUCUUGGAGAACUACGCUUUCCCUGGCGUGCUGCUGAUCGGGACCGACUCUCAUACGCCUAACGGUGGUGGGCUGGGUGGUGUCUGCAUUGGGGUUGGAGGAGCCGAUGCAGUUGAUGUGAUGGCGGGUAUCCCUUGGGAACUAAAGUGCCCGAAGGUUAUCGGUGUGAAUUUGACGGGAGAGCUGUCUGGGUGGACUUCCCCGAAAGACGUCAUCCUGAAAGUAGCCAGCAUUUUGACGGUUAAAGGCGGUACCGGCGCUAUAGUGGAGUACCACGGGCCGGGAGUGGAGUCCAUCUCUUGCACAGGCAUGGCUACCAUCUGUAACAUGGGCGCUGAGAUUGGUGCCACCACAUCAGUCUUCCCUUACAACAACAGGAUGAAGAUCUAUUUGGAGAGUACCGGCAGAUCAGAGAUCGCCAAGUUGGCUGACGGGUUCCAGGACCUGCUGGUGCCCGACAAGGGCUGUGAAUACGAUCAGCUGAUUGAGAUAAACUUGAAUGAGCUCAAACCGCACAUUAAUGGACCCUUCACCCCUGACCUCGCUCACCCAGUGUCUGAGGUGGGGGCAGCAGCAGAGAAACAUGGCUGGCCUCUGGAGAUCAAAGUGGGUCUGAUCGGCAGCUGUACCAACAGCAGCUACGAGGACAUGGGGCGUUCGGCUGCUGUUGCCCAGCAGGCCAUCGACCACGGGCUGAAGUGUAAAUCCCAGUUCACCGUCACGCCAGGCUCCGAGCAGAUCCGAGCCACCAUCGAAAGAGACGGUUAUUCCAAGAUCCUGAGAGACUUUGGUGGGGUGGUUCUAGCAAAUGCCUGUGGGCCCUGUAUUGGACAGUGGGACAGGAAGGACGUUAAGAAAGGCGAGAAGAACACCAUCGUGACUUCUUACAACAGAAACUUCACUGGCCGCAACGAUGCCAACCCAGCCACGCACGCCUUUGUCACCUCUCCUGAGAUCGUCACGGCUUUAGCCAUCGCCGGCACCUUGAAGUUUGACCCCGAGCGCGACAUGCUGACCGGAGCCGACGGAGAGAAAUUCAAGCUGAAGCCACCUCACGCCGAUGAGCUGCCAUCCAAGGGCUUUGACCCAGGCCAGGACACCUAUCAGCACCCACCAAAGGACAGUCAAGGCAUCACUGUGAAGGUGGAUCCCAAGAGCACCCGACUGCAGCUACUGGAGCCGUUUGACAAGUGGAACAAGAAGGAUAUGGAUGACAUGCCGGUGCUGAUCAAGGUGAAGGGCAAGUGCACGACUGACCACAUCUCCGCGGCGGGGCCUUGGCUCAAGUACCGCGGCCACCUGGACAACAUCUCGAACAACCUGCUGAUCGGGGCCGUCAACAGCGAGAACGAUAAAGUCAACGAGGUCACCAACCAACUGACGGGCAAGACCGGCUCCGUGCCAGACACAGCGCGCGCUUACAAGAAAGAAGGCAUCAGCUGGGUGGUGUUUGGCGACGAGAACUACGGCGAGGGCUCCAGCCGGGAGCACGCUGCCCUGGAACCGCGUCACCUGGGCGGCCGAGCCAUCAUCGUCAAGAGCUUUGCCCGCAUUCACGAAACCAACCUGAAGAAGCAGGGCCUCCUGCCCCUGACCUUCGCCAACCCGGCCGACUACGACAAGGUGCAGCCAGACGACAGGGUGUCCAUCCUGGGCCUCAAGGACUUUGGCCCGGGGAAGCCCCUCAAAUGUACCCUCAAGCACAAGAACGGCUCGGAGGACAGUUUCCUCCUGAACCACAGCUUCAACGAGGGCCAGAUCGAUUGGUUCCAGGCGGGCAGUGCGCUCAAUAGGAUGAAAGACCUCCAGUGAAGCCGCCCAUCCUCUCGCUCGCUCCCCACGAGGGGGAAUGGAAUAGUGCUCAAGGACUGAUUGUAUUAAUAACUCAGCGCACAGCCUUGAUCUUGCCUCUGGGUCAGUCCCCCCUCACCAUGACCACCUCGUCUGUAAGCAAUCGUGUUCAGUGCUGUGUUUCGUCUCAGGCCAUCUCUUGGGACAAUCGCAGAUCAUUUAUUUUUUCCCCAUCGUCGGCCUGGUUAAGCGAUUUUUUUUUUUUUUUUACAAAUGAAAACAAAGGAAUUUUGUUCGCUCUUAUUAUUUCUUAGCUCAGGGUGAUACAACUGGUGGCCUGCCCUCUUUCCCCCACCCCCCCCCCCCACCUUCAUAGGAACAGGAGCAGGCCAUUCAGCCCUUUGAUGCCUCUUCCACCAUUUCAUUAGAUCAUGGCUGAUCCGUACCUCAACUAAUCCUUCAAAUUCCAAUUUCCUGCUUUCUCCCCGUACCCCUCAAUACCCUGACCUACCGGAUCUUAUCAACAUCAAUCUUGAAAGCUCCCUCCGUAACCCGUAAAUGUUAUGUCACGUCUCUGGAAGGGAAAUACAAAAAAGCAUUGCUUGUGUGUCCAUGGACGUUCCUCAAAUAGGGCACCUGGUCCUCGGCAGCCAAAAGGUUGGACUCCCUGGUCUUAACCUCCUCGGUAAUUAAUGGCAUUUUAAUGGCGUUCUGACUUCUUGUAGUGUGGAUAUUACAAGCUAUUUAUUGUUAAAAAAAAUGCUGAAUAUUUUUGGUGUCUCUUAUUUCCCUCCCUCUCGGGAACAAAAAAAAACGUGCGAAAUUUGGUCAAUUUCAUUGUCGCUCGAGGGAUGAAUGACCAAAUGAACGUGUGUUUUUUGGGAAUUAAAAACUGACCUGAUGAA